AUGACGUCGCAGCCUCCUCCUCCUCCUGUGGCGGCGGCGCCGGCGGCGCCGGCGCAGCAGGGGUUGAAGGGUGGGUACGCGGUGGAGCUCUAUUUCGACCCGGCACUGGAGAACCAGGUGCUCAAGGCCUGGAAUGUCCUCGCCCGCCGGCAGAUCAGCACGCAGCUCAUCGAGAUCGAGUCCCGCCCUCACAUCACGCUCUUCUCCUUCCCUCCCGCCAUCGCUCCGCUGAUCGAACCUCAGAAACUCCUUCCCACUCUCCGUUCAUUCGCCUCCCGUCACGAGCCGCUCCCGCUGACCUUCUCCUUCGUGGGUACCUUCCCCUCCGUCACGCCCUCUUCCGACGGGAAGGGAGGCAAUGGAAGCAUAAGCGGCGGUGGAAAUGGCGGCGUGCUAUUCCUCGCCCCCACCCCUUCUGCUGCUCUGUUGAGCCUACAUUCGCAGCUCUGCGAGGCACUGAGGAAGGAUGGUGUUGAAAUCGGGGAGGAAUUUCGACCGGACUCCUGGGUGCCUCACUGCGCGGUGGCCCAGGAUGUGCCAAAGAACAAGAUUGCCGAGGCUUUCAGCAUCCUGCGCGACCUGAAGCUUCCCGUUUCGGGGUAUACAAUGGAUGUCGGGAUAGUGGAAUUUUCUCCUGCUGUCCGCGAGGUCUUCUCCUUCUCUCUUGGGUCUGUUCUCGACGCAUGA